CCCACCACGCCCCGUUUGGGCCGCUACAUAAAGGGCUGGUUCGCAGGCCACGAUGUGAGCUCCAGUCCUCUUCCCACGAGUAGCCAGGAUUCCAAGGGCCUGAGCCUGGGAAGAGAACCGGGGUGAAGUCGGGGGUCCCGGAGGAAGCGUCUCUUUCUUCUCCUCCUCUUCCUUCGCUUCCUCCUCUUCCUCCUUCAGGACGCCGCCGCUGUUUCUGUCCCCCCCGGGCUCCCCCGGACCAAGAAGCGGCCCUGACGCUCCCCACUGCGCUUCUGAAGGCCGCUGCGUCGGCAGCCGCUCACCUGGCCCCGGCGAGUCCUUGGGAUGUUCGCCAAGGCCACCAGGAAUUUUCUGAGAGACACUGACCCGGGAGGGGACCUGAUCCCAGUGUCGAGCCUGAAUGACUCGGACACGUUGCAGCUUCUGAGUCUGGUGGUGAAGAAGAAGAAGUUUUGGUGCUGGCAGAGACCCAAGUAUCAGUUUUUAUCAGUCACCAUCAAUGACAUCCUGACCAAAGAUCAGUUUCUGAACCCAGUUGUGGUCGAGUCGGACUUUGUGACGUACGAAGGCAAGUUUGAAGAUGUCGUGAAGGGCACGGUGGGGACCGCGCUGGGGAGGCUCACCCUGAACGCCGGAGGCUCGGGCUUGGUGGAGAGCCAGUCCUCCUUUGGGACGCUGCGCAAGCAGGAGGUGGACCUGCAGCAGCUCAUCAGGGAGGCCGUGGAGAGGACGAUCAAUCUGCAGAGCCCCGUGCUGCAGCAGGUCCUGGAGCACAAGAACGAGGUCCUGUGUGUCGUGACGCAGAAGAUCGUGACCACUCAGAAGUGUGUGAUCUCCGAGCACAUCCAGAUAGAGGAGAAGUGCGGCGGCGUGCUGGGGCUCAGGACCAAGAGGGUGGAGGUUUCUGUGAGCGAAGAUGGGAAUGUGACCCGAGAUUCCAACGUGGUCCUUGAGAUCCCCACAGCCACCCCCAUUGCCUUCAGGGUCCUGGAGCUCUACGUCAAGGAAGAUGGGCAGUUUGAAUUCUGUUUGCUGCACGAGAAAGAAGGCGGCUUUGAGCGAGGGAGCACGGACGGCCGGGACCACCUGGACGCUGGGAUCUUUGGAGAGUUCGUCUUCCCCUUCAUGCCAGACUCCGUGGACGGGAAAUCUGAGGCCACGAAGCUCACGCCCGUUGAGGGCCCAUUAAGCGCCUUAAAACACGGGAUGCUGCUCUUGGAGAGGAAUUUCCGUCCUUUUGUGGAGCUGUCAGGCCAUCACCGAGCAGCUCUGUGUGAAAUCCUCUGGGAAGUGCUGCUUGACGAUGAAUUGGUGGUGGCCCUGGACACCGUGCUCAGUGACAUCCUCGCCGGCGGGUGCCCGCAGCUGUCGGCCCUGGCGGGGCUGAGCCGUCUCCAGCAGCAGCAGCAGCAGCUCGCCGCCUUCCUGGGGCUGGCCGGCCUCCGCGUGCGGGAGGACUCGCGGGUGUGGCGGGACGCGCAGGGCCCUCAGGAGCUGCUGUCCACCGUCCACUUCCUCGUCAGUGCCCUGGCAGAGAUGCCGGACAACACAGCGGCUCUGAUGGGCGUUUGCUGCCAGCUCCGUCUGAUACCGACCUUGUGUCACUUGCCUCAAGUGACAUCCGCUGACGGCGGUUCCGAACUCGGGGACCCGAGCCUGGCCCCCCUCGGUGACGCAGGAAGCUUCGAGGUCGUGCAGAAGCUGUUCGCCUUGUCCAACAUCAGCCUGGAGCGGAGGGAGUCGCGCGUGGAAGCCGUCAUCACCAGACGGCCCCGGUAUCUCCCCCUUGUCCUUUAUAUAGCCCUGCAUGGACUUUGGGCUUUAGAAGGAAAAGCCGAGUGAGGGGAUCGGGGAAAGGCCCAAGUGCUGCUAAGGGCGGCGUCCUGCUCGCUCCGGGGGCUCGCUCCGCCUUCAGGAGACCCAAAAGCUGCUCAUGAGACAAAUGAAGAGACCCCACCCCCACCCCCCACCCCAUGUUAGCUAGGGCUUCCUUUUAAAAGACUCGGCAAAAAAACCGCCUCCUGCCAUUUGUAAUAUUAGAAUCACGACUGCAGAAAGGGGUGUGUCUGGGGAUCGCUCACCAUCGUCCAUGCGCGCCCUGGGCUCGGACUGGGGGGCACGAGAGACCUCGUCUGUCUGUGUGACGGAGAGACUGUGGGGAGGCUGCCGAGCCUCCCGCCUCCUUCCAAGGGAGUAGGAAGACCCGUCUGCGGCCCCUGGUGCAGCCACUGGCAGCCGGGUUCCUCCGCGGCUGUCCGAGCUCCUGGGAGCCACGGCCGUUUACAGCCUUCCUUUCCCUUGCAGUGCAGAUGUUUAAUUAACCAUGGUUUCUGAACCACGUGGUACCUGUGUCUGCUCCGGCCGGACAGCAUCCGGGACUCGGGCGGUCCUGGGGCCUGAAGCCGAGGAGACAUCCCCGAGCUGGGCUGCCCCGCUCCCUCCCCAGCCCCAGUCUGGCAGCCCCGGCCCAAGGCAGUGCCCUUUGUCCUUCCCCGGGAGCACCAGUCCGCUCCCCGGACGCCCCAUCCCCCAGGGAGUGGCGCUGAAGAAAGGCCCCCAGCCGCUUCCAAUAAUAAGUCUUUAUUUCUUUAUAUAUACAAAAAUAUUUCAUUGGGAAUAGGUAAAUCUCCGACUUUGUACAUUUCGGUAAUUGGCAUCAUGGACAAUACAUGAGCAAGACAUGAACACGUGGGGGGCCUGGGGAAGAUGGGGCGGAGCCAGCCUCAGGGCGCGCGUCCCUCUCGGGGAGCUGUGGUGGCCGGGACAGCCCGGGAAGUAGCAGCAAUGGGCUUUAGGAACGUACGGAGCCAGGGUCCGGCGCGGGUUCAAGCUUGCAGCCGCCGAGCUUUCUGCCCUCAGCUUUUCAAACUGCUCUUCUGCACAUGUGCAAAAGCUGAUCCUAAAAACCAUGCAUUUUAAUGUCCCAUGUAGAACCACAGAGGAAAAGAAAUGCCAGGAAGAAACCCCCCCAAGUUUCAGGUGCUGCCCCUUUGAAAAAGGGAAUCGGGGCCAGUUUUUUCAUACUACCUUAAAGAAACAUUUGCUGGGGGGGGGGAGGGGGGGAAGGGGGAUCACCUUUUUUUGCAUGUGUGGAGGAGGGAAAAUAGACGGAGACUUUAAGUCUAGGUUUUUUGGACUCUUUGCAAGUGGACUUGCAAUUAUUCCAAGUCUGCCACUUAAGUUUCUACUGGAUUCAGGGCAUUUUGGUUAUUAUUAUUAUUAUUAUUAUUAUUAUUAUUUUACUACCUUCUUGUAAAAUGAAAUGAUGUCCCUUAAGGUCCCUUCCAGCCUAAAUCCUCCCCAGGACCAGGUGAACCUCAAGUUCUGAAGCAGGAAAUUUUUCUACUUAGAAGACUGUACCUUCUGUUUCAAUUCUCGUUCUUUUGAAAAAUGAAAUGAUAAAAGCACCUCGGCAUUUGGUAACAAUCGGUAACUGAUCUUAGUACUGAGGAUUUGGGACCUUUAGUUAUUGCUCCCUGUUUUUGUGAUUAAAGUAGAAACAUGCAACUAA